AUGUUCAUCGCACGAUCAGAAUACGACCGUGGAAUCAACACCUUCUCCCCCGAAGGUCGUUUGUUCCAGGUUGAAUACUCUCUCGAAGCUAUCAAACUAGGCUCCACAGCGAUCGGAGUAGCAACAUCCGAAGGUGUGAUUCUUGGUGUUGAGAAGCGCGUCACAUCUACCCUUCUCGAAGCGUCAUCCGUUGAGAAGAUCGUUGAAAUCGAUUCGCACAUCGGCUGUGCCAUGUCUGGUCUGCAGGCCGAUGCACGGAACCUGGUUGAACACGCCCGCGUUGAGUGCCAGAACCACGCUUUCCACUACGCCGAGCCUUUGCGGGUUGAGAGUACUACGCAGGCGAUUUGCGAUUUGGCUCUGCGAUUCGGUGAAAGCGGCGACGACGAGGAGAGUGUCAUGAGCCGACCGUUUGGUGUUGCACUGUUAAUUGCCGGUUUCGAUGAGGACGGGCCUCAACUAUACCACGCUGAACCCUCCGGCACGUUCUACCGUUACGACGCUAAGGCUAUCGGCUCCGGAAGCGAGGGUGCGCAAGCGGAGCUGCAGAAUGAAUAUCACCGGUCCUUGACUCUAGCGGAAGCUGAGACCUUGGUCCUCAAGACGUUGAAGCAAGUCAUGGAGGAGAAGCUCGAUUCGAAGAACGUCCAGCUGGCUAGCGUGACUAAGGAGAAGGGUUUCCGUAUCUACAAUGAUGAGGAGAUGGGCCAGGCCGUCACACAGCUGGGUGGCAACCAAUAA